AUGAAAAUGUUGGAUUCAUGCGACCGAUGGCAUUAUCGUGGACGCGAAGUGGAUAAGUCAUUCCUGUACGAUAUUGUUGCAAAUAUUAGCGAUUCGAUAGAUGUUGACAAAUUUGAUUAUUUGUUGCGCGACUCGCGUCACGCUGAUAUUGCAAUCCCAUUCAAUCAGCGAUCGCUUGAUCGAAUUUUUGCGUGGAUGCGUGUAUUAGACGUGGAGGAACAAGGUCGGAGAUUUCGCCGGAUUUGUUACGCACACAAGGUAGCUGAUGAAAUCAACAACGUUGGCCAAAGCAGAUGCUUCCUUUUCGAUAGGCUUUAUAACCAUCAGUCCGUUCGAGCCUAUGAAUAUAUGUAA